ACUUCGUGGUGACGGCCACAGCACUGCGCUUGCGCACUCUUGCCGGCCCGCUCCACCCUUGGCGUCUGUGCCAUGUGACUUCAACCCUCGUGCUUCAAGUUCAACCACCCGAUUCUGAAAGAUGGUUACACCCACUCCCGUCCCAGAACAGGCAAGGGCGCGACCACUGUCACGGCUUGAGGGGAGUCUCCCAUCCGGAUGUGACCGCAUGUUGACCCGGAAAAGGAGGGGGCCGGGGCAGUGGGGCCCGGGCCGCAGCUAUGGAGGGAGCCGGUUACAGGGUGGUGUUUGAGAAGGGCGGCGUGUACCUGCACACCAGUGCCAAGAAGCACCAAGACCCGGACUCGCUCAUCGCGGGCGUCAUCCGCGUCGUGGAGAAGGACAACGAUGUUCUCCUGCACUGGGCUCCUGUAGAGGAGGCUGGAGAUUCCACCCAGAUCUUCUUCUCCAAGAAGGACGCCAGCGGGAGUGAUUCCUGCACCUCGGAGGAGGAACCAACCUUUGACCCCGGCUAUGAACCCGACUGGGCCGUCAUCAGCACCGUGCGGCCCCGGGCCCGCCGCUCAGAGCCCACGAGAGGUGCGGAGCCCAGCUCCCCCCGGGGCUCCUGGGCCUUCUCCGUGAGUCUGGGGGAGCUCAAGUCCAUCCGCCGGUCCAAGCCGGGCCUCAGCUGGGCCUACCUGGUCCUGGUGACCCAGGCCGGAGGCUCGCUGCCCGCCCUGCACUUCCACCGCGGGGGCACCCGAGCGCUUCUCCGCGUCCUCAGCCGCUACCUGCUGUUGGCCAGCUCCCCGCAGGACUCCCGCCUCUACCUCGUCUUCCCGCACGACUCCUCGGCCCUCUCCAGCUCCUUCCACCAGCUCCAGCUCUUUGACCAGGACAGCUCCAACGUGGUGUCUCGCUUCCUCCAGGACCCCUACUCCACCACCUUCGGCGGCUUCUCCCGAGUGACCAACUUCUUCCGGGGAGCCCUGCAGCCACAUCCGGAGGGGGCGUCCCCCGACCUUCCUCCGCCCCCCGAGGACGAGCCCGAGCCUGGGUUCGAGGUCAUUUCCUGUGUGGAGCUGGGGCCGCGGCCGGCCGUGGAGCGGGCGCCUCAGGUCACGGAGGAGGAGUGGGCCCGCCACGUGGGCCCCGAGGGCCGCCUGCAGCAGGUCCCGGCGCUGAAAGCCCGCAUCUUCUCAGGGGGUCUGAGCCCCGGCCUGAGGCGCGAGGCCUGGAAGUUCCUCCUGGGGUACCUCAGCUGGGAGGGCUCGGCCGAGGAGCACAAGGCCCACAUGCGCAAGAAAACGGACGAGUAUUUCCGCAUGAAGCUGCAGUGGAAAUCCGUGAGCCCCGAGCAGGAGCGCAGGAACUCGCUGCUGCAUGGAUACCGCAGCCUCAUUGAGAGAGACGUGAGCCGCACCGAUAGGACCAACAAAUUCUACGAGGGUCCCCAGAACCCCGGGCUGGGCCUGCUGAGCGACAUCCUCCUCACCUACUGCAUGUACCACUUCGACCUCGGCUACGUCCAGGGCAUGAGUGACCUCCUCUCCCCGAUCCUCUACGUCAUUCAGAACGAGGUGGACGCCUUCUGGUGCUUCUGCGGCUUCAUGGAGCUCGUGCACGGGAACUUCGAGGAGAGUCAGGAGACGAUGAAGCGGCAACUGGGCCAACUCCUGCUGCUGCUGAGGGUGCUGGACCCGCCGCUCUGUGACUUCCUGGACUCCCAGGACUCCGGCUCUCUCUGCUUCUGCUUCCGGUGGCUGCUCAUCUGGUUCAAGAGAGAAUUCCCCUUCCCGGAUGUCCUCCGGCUGUGGGAGGUGCUGUGGACAGGGCUUCCCGGCCCCAAUCUGCACCUGCUGGUGGCCUGCGCCAUCCUGGACAUGGAGCGGGACACCCUCAUGCUUUCCGGCUUCGGCUCCAACGAAAUCCUCAAGCACAUCAACGAGCUGACCAUGAAGCUGAGCGUGGAGGACGUGCUGACGCGGGCCGAGGCCCUCUACCGGCAGCUGACCGCCUGCCCGGAGCUGCCCCACAACGUGCAGGAGGUCCUGGGUCUGGUGCCGCCCGCAGAGCCCUGCAGCCCCUCGCCCUCUGUCUCCCCACUGCCGCUGUCGCCCACCCGGGCCCCACCGGCCCCGCCUCCCCCCGCGGACACAGCAGCGCAACCGGACAGCAGCCUGGAGAUCCUGCCGGAGGAAGAAGAGGAGGAGGAAGGCGCCAACUCCUAACCCAGCUCAGCCUGCGGUGGCCUGCCCAGCACAAGCACUUUAUCCAGCUCCCGCCCCACGUCCCGGUUCUCCCGGAGGCUUGGGGGGGGGGGG